AUGACACAGCAGCUGUUGCAGUUUGCAGCGAGCACUCUUGGAAACAGCUUGGAGUUGGAAGCCGAGCAGCCGGAGGCUGAGGAGCCAAAGGUUGAGGAAGUCGAGGCUGAGGCCGGUGAGGCACCCGGUGAGGCACCCGGUGAGGCACCCGAGUCGGCUGAACAGGGCGAAGACCAGCCAGAGGAGGCUGCCAAGCCCAAGAAGAACAAGAAGGAGGUGGACACGGCCGAGGCCCCCGUUCCCAAGAAGCCGAAGGCAGGAGCUGAGGUGGAGUCGCAAGAGGGUGGAGACCCGGACCCGGCACCGAAGCUGACUGCAGCUGCUCGACUGAAGAAAAGGGCAGAGAACCUCGUGCCAGACGAGGAGCCCACAGCCGAAGAGGUGCCCCCGGAGGAGCUGGAGCUCCAGGUGGCUGAGAAAAGGGACAAGAGGAAAACCAGGUUUUUCGAGGCCAACCUUAAGAAGCUGCCCGAGAGUGUUCAAAAGCUCUUUGCCUCCAAGGAGGUGAGUCGUGCAGACAAGACUCGUCUUGUCAACGAAGGAGUCGUCUCCAAGAACGGCAAGUGGGAGCUUGCUGUUAACCCGCCUGUGUUUGAGGCCCUCACCACAAGCUACUCGAGUGUGACUGGAUCCACUCGGGACAAAGCCUACCCCAAAGCCAUCAUGAUUGGCAAGUGUGCCGGGGAGGAGAACUUCCUUCGUGGACUCAGGGAUGGCGACAUUGAAGCCACGACUGAGAAUGGCAAGCAGAUGUUCAAGUUCCGGUCCCUGGAAGUGACGGUUACCACUGGUGUGAGGACCGACACCACUCACAAGAAGCAAGCAGAGUCCGCCCCAGAGGCCGAGAACCAGUUUCUUAGCUUCUGCGACAACUUUGACCCGGAGCUAGUCAGCGAGACUGUGCGGCCUGAGUCGCUGUCGCUGCGGGUGCCCGAGCCGCAGCCUCUCCAGACGGGAUCGAUCCCGAGCACCUUUGCACCCCCUGCAGUGCUUCCAGGACCUCUGGCGAUCUGCGACGGGGCCGUGGAUCUCCUGCCUGCAGACUCCAAGACGCUAGGCAAAGUGGAGGAUGCCUUGAACUGGAUCGGGUCUGCCAAGACGGCAACGAUCAAGUUGAAGAAGAUCCCGGAUUCGGUGACUUACUGCCACUUGAAACAGCAGCUUGACUCUCGGUGGGAAACCCUGCUGCCAAUGCAGGCCCAGCUUGAGCACGUGAAGCUCAGCGGGAAGGCUUCCCAGACUGGCUUCAGAAACGUGAUGAAGCAAGUCGCCCAGACCCUUCUGCAAGUGCAGGAGCUGAUCAAAAGCAUUGCAGCUUUGAACUAG